AUGAGCAGCUCAGGUAUGUUCUGGGAUGGCUUCCAGUGGGUGCCCCGAGCAGAUACAGGCAUCGCGAACGACGUCAAUGCAUCCCGCAAGAAUCGUCGUUUGUAUCUGGGCAAUCUUCCGUACCACCUGGGUGUCACAGAGGACUCCUUCUCGAAGCAGCUGUACGAGACGAUGCGCGACCGCGGCAUGUGCAACGAUCCAAAUCAGAAUCCCGUGCUGCACGUCUGGUUCGCCCGAGACAAGGGCGCGAACUACGGCUUUUGCGAGGUUGCGUCACAAGAGGAGACAGAGCGUGCACUCCAGCUGGACGGCAUGCUGGUCCUAGGAGUGCCGGUCUCCAUCAAGCGACCCAACGACGCCGUCAGUCCACUGGGCAUGAUCGGUGGUGUUCCGGUGGGCAUGCAAGUUCCAGGCCAGCAGGCCAGCAUGCUGGCGCUGCCCAGCGCACAGGUGAGUGCCACGAGCCCCAUCAUCCGGAUCGACGAGAUCCUCAAGGUGGACGAGAAGACGACCGAGGACGACUACAACGACGUCAAGGAGGACAUGCAGGAAGGCUGCGGGGCCCAUGGUAAGCUGGUUAUGGUGGCUAUUGUGAAGCCAGCACAUGCCAGUGGCAAUGCCACUCUGAAGCCAGGCGACGUCUACCUGCAGUGCUCCACGACCGAUGAUGCCACGAAGAUCAUGAGGGCCAUGGGCCACCGAAAAUACGACGGCAGGCAGAUUUCGAUGACUUCCUACGAAGAGAGUAAGUUCAACUCGGAGAUCAAGCCGUUAUUCUGA